CAUCUUGUUUAUGUUCAGAUCACAAAAUAUUCUUAUUCCCCUGUCACUAUUAUUAUCUUCUUCUCCAUCUAUUUCAUACAUGACAUUGUUAAAUUGGAGGGGUGAAUUCUGGGUAGUCGAUCAUUAUCAGGACUAGAACAUGAAGGCUAGAAAAAACAAUUCUAACAACAUGAACAUGAAGAUGAAUGGUAGUCCUCCUCGAAUUGAAGGCCAAGCCUACACCAAACUCGACCACAACAAUCCUUCUGCUCAAUGUUCCCCAGUUCCCACAUCGAAUUCACCUGGAAAACGUCCCAUAGACAAGGUGCUUGACACAUUGAAUCAUUGCGGUAAAAGAGCAGACACCAUUACAGAUAAUGUCUGGAAUCACUUGAGAAUGAGUCCUAGUCUUGCAGACGCUGCAAUGGCAAGGCUUACUCAUGGGACAAAGGCUCUUACAAGAGGGGAUGAAAAAGUAUUCCAGCAAACAUUUGAGACUGUCAUGCUACAUGAGAAGCUCCUGCAUUCAUAUGCUUGCUAUCUCUCAACUUCUACUGGACCUGUGAUUGGAAUGCUGUAUAUUUCCAAUAAAAGAGUAGCCUUUUGUAGUGAUUUCUGUCACUAUAUCUCCCCAACGCAGCCAAACACUUACUACAAGGUGGUGGUGCAGCUUGAUCAGUUAAGAGCAGUGAAUCCUUCUGCAAACAGAUGGAACCCUUCAGAGAAAUACAUACAGAUAGUCACAAUAGACGGUCAUGAGUUCUGGUUCAUGGGGUUCAUAUCUUAUGACAAGGCCCUCACUAAUCUAACCCAAGCUCUAAACCCUACUUCUGGUGGAACUCCUCUACUAAAUAACUUCAGUUAACUUCUACAUAUUGGAAUGUCAUGCAACAUGUCCUGCAUAUUUGCCUUGUGUUAAUUAAAAGGCCAAUAAUAAGAAUACUUUUCCUUGAUCCUAUUGUGAUUUUGAUUGUGGCAAUGAUCAAGAUGCAUUAGGAGUUUCCCUUAUGAUCCUGGGAGACUUGCAGUACUUUGUUACACAUCUUAAGCAGUAGAUAUCAUGAUGAUGCUCGGAUUUACAAGUUCUUCACAAUGCUAAUUGUGAUUUGUGAGUAUUAUAUGGA